AAGGCCAGGGUAGGGCGAAGCCUGGCGGAGCGAGACGUGAAUCCCCAAAGAAAGAAAAGAAAAACAACAGCCGUGCAUUACAGUCUUUUGAGAAGAUAUGAUUUGCCAGGUUUGACUCUACUUCUGUAUUUCCAGAUGAUAUUUCUAGACAUGUGAACGGUUCAAUAUGUGCGGCAAUUGUCAGAUGUGAUGAAAGUCACAAACGGCAAAGGACAACAAUCAUGGUUUUGAGAAAUUGAUCUUUCUGGAUAUAAAGACCAUCGUAUUUACCACCACUGCAUGGUUCAGGUUAAUGGAAAACCAGAUCUGCAAAACAUGCAGAUGAGUCACACAGUGCACAUGUGAAUGGGAUACAGCUUCUGUGGAGAGCACAUGUGGAGUUAACGCAUCCAAAACUGUGGAGAACCAGCUUCAGUCAUGUCUCUAUCGACAGUGCUUGCAAAGGCACUUUUUGACAAUGCCGCUGAAAGCCCAGAGGAGUUAGCGUUCCGCAAAGGUGAUAUCCUGAUGGUUCUGGACCAGGAGCAGGAUGGUGGACCAGGGUGGUGGCUUUGCUCCCUACAUGGCCGUCAAGGCAUUGCCCCUGCCAAUCGAUUACGCCUCCUCCAAACUGCUCAGACUCCAGCUUCAAACACCGGUAUAGAUACCCGGCGAGCUCCUAGUGUGGACUCAGUUCAUCUAUCGACUAGCCACCAGGGCAGGGUAAAUGGACUGAGCACUGAAGAUUCAGAUGGGGUGUAUCUCUCACCACCCAGCUUAGCUGAAGGGGUGUACCAGAGCCCUGGGGCUGCUCCUACCCCUGCCAGGUCUGGAGAGCUACGUCACUCUGAUGGAGGAAGGCCACGAUCGCAUUCUAGUUCUGGAACCAGGCCUUGUCCAGACUGGGGCGAUGUGAGUGUGGCGGGACGACCCCGUUCACCCUCACUUAGAGGACGAGGUGGCGAGUCAGGGACCCUUUACCAGACACCCACCUCGCCUGCACCACUGGUGGCACAACACCGAUCACAAGGUGCACUGGUAUCCGAUUCAGUGUACCUGACUCCAAGUGCUGUUCCCAGGUCUGCAGCCGAAACAGCAGGGGAGGCUAGGUAUUUAAGUCCACGAGAUGCAGGGGCCGGUAAUUCUGAUGGAUGCUACUUGGUGCCCAGAGCAGCUGUCGCUGCGUUGACCAGUGAGAAUUUAUAUCAGACUCCUACAAGUGGUGCCCCAGUGGCAGGACAGUGUGUGCCAGGAAUGACUUCAAGACUUACGGAUAGGAUUGCACCCAAAAGCAGCCCAUCUUCUUCUAUUAGUCCUUCUCAGAGUAAGACUGGCCAGGAUGCCCCAGGGAUUUACCAAACCCCAACCUCACCUGGGGGUGCCAUAUCAAGGACCCCUCAAUCUGACCGCAAACACCCUGCUGGAACUGUAGGAGUGUCUGGAGCCUCAACACCAGGCCAGAAUCUUAAGCAGACACCUCCCUCUGCCCGAGGAUCCCAAAAGCGUAUUACUUCAACUCCUCCUGUUGGUCGAGGAAAACUGGCGCAGGGUGGCCUAAGGGAAUCCCCUCUACUCACCAGAGCGGGAAAGUCCGGAGCACCAGGGUCCCCAAACUCUGGCCGCAAACCCCCUCCGCCAGCACCUCCUGUUAGAAGUGUGACCAGGAAGGAUUUACCUCAGUCUAACUCGGUUCCAACCACCAAACCUGUUCUCCAGGCCAACCCUGCACCCCCACAGACAAACAUGCUGGAGGAAGAGAGACAGGGAAGUAAAAAUGGACACAUGCAAGUGGAUGAGAUGAAGAAGAACAUGGAAAUGGUGACCAAGAGGGAGAGUACAAGUUCACAGGAUGAGAAACUCAGAGAGGAGGUAUAUGAUACACCUCCCACAAAUAGGUGGCAGCCUCCAGUUCCUACAGUGCCUUCUGAGGAGGAUGAUGGGAUCUAUAACACCCCUCGUGCUGUACCCCUACACACUGACCAGGCCUCAAAGAUUUAUGAUGUUCCCACUCUGGCCCUGAAUUCCUCCUCUGACCAUCAGCAGCAAACCUACAAUAGUCCAGGAUCGGCUGCUGUGGCUGGAGAUGCAAUGGAUGAGGAUGUGUACAGUGUUCCCAGUCUUCCUGGUUUACCCUUGGAGGCAAGCGAGAUGCCGGGAUUAACUGCAGAAACUGCUGGAAACGGACGAACCUAUUCGAUUUCCAGUACUAGAAAGCAAGACUUAACCUCUGAAGAUGUGUCAGAACCUGAUGGAGGCAUCUAUGACAUGCCUGCCCUCACUCUAGAAAUCCCGACACGCCCUUUAUCUGUGUCAAGCACCGGCUCUGGGGACAUCCAGUGGAAAGCGUCUCUCUCUGCUCUUGUCCAAUCAGCCCUGACCUCUGCCUCUGUCACCACCACCCCAUCCCGAGACCUCGCCUCUGCAUUGGCUGAGAUCCUUUCUGUCUGGAAGGCUGGGCAUGUUGGUGAUAUUCCUCCAGUUCUCCAGCAGGCAUGGUCCCGUCUCUCCGACCUCCUUCCUGCCCUUUCGGUUUGUGGCACUGCCCCUCCAGCCGACGGUCUGCUCACGAUUGUCCGCUGUGCCCUUGAAGACUCCGUCUCCCUUUUACAGAGUCAAGCGCGACCUCGUUUACCUUCCCAGGAGUCUCUGUCCCGGAGACCUCUACCUGCUUUGCCGGUGGCAGAGGUCAAACCGAUCACAGGGGACAUGGGAUCACGGAAGGGCAGCUGGAUCCAGGAAAGACCGCUGCCGCCUCCACCACCCGCUGCCUUCCCUUUGCCCCCGACACCAGUUUCUUUAGCCCCUACUGUGGGAAGAAUGGAGGAUGAGGAACAAGGGAAUGAGUAUGCAGGAAUCGGCCUAACUCCUACACCACCGCCUUCAUAUCCUGUAGGUGAUAGUGUGGGAUACGUCAAACUGCAGGGGAUGCCAGAGCCACCACCAGACACCCAUACAGAGCUCAGUUCUUCACAGUUUAUCACCACAACUGAUAAUAAACUGAGUCUUUCCCCCCCAGUCUCUCUGUCUCUGGAAGAUUCAGAGCUGCUCUCCUUCUACUCCUCCCAAAGUCUCUCUCAUCUUUCUUGCCUGGCCGAUGCCAUCGAUUCCCUGUUCACAAGUGUCCAAGGGAACCAACCACCUCGAGUCUUCGUUUCCAGGGGGAAAAGCCUCAUUGUGACUGCGCACAAACUUGUCUUUAUUGGGGAUACACUUGCAAGGCUUCUCAGCUCUUCAGACCUCAGAGCAAAGGUCACCACCUCCAGUGGACGCCUCUGCCAAGCUCUGAAGGCUGUUGUCGUGGCAACUAAGGGUGCAGCCCAGAAUUAUCCUUCAGUCCCUGCUACGCAAGAAAUGGUGGACAGAGUAGCCGAUCUAUCCCAGCAUGCAGCUGGUUUCUCUGGGCUUUUGCAGCGUUUAGCUGAGAUAUCUUGAUGUUAUUUGUGGGCGGGUUAACCUUUAUUGUUUUCACAGUGGAAUGCCUUAUUAUAAAAAAAAUUUUUUUUGAGGAUGCAUCAAAAUCAUGUCACUGCUUGUGUUAGUUCAACAGUGAUAAUAUGAUCAAACAGUUGGUGAGUAUAUGUUGGAGUGUAUCUGCUUGCCUGUGUUGGUUUUGACACUUCAGACUGGUCUUUUUCUUUUUUCCUUUUUUGUGGUGCCAAGCACACUUAUACGUUUUAAUAACUUAUUGAUGGCUGUUUUGUUGAAGAUGUUUGCAACCUCAGGCACAUUUUAAUAGCUUUAUUUUGUUCCCUUAACCAUAUUGACAACAAUGAGGAAAAAGUGGUCUUCUCUGUUUAAGGGUGCUCUUGUAAACUGGUCUAAUUAUUCAGUUUGUUUGUAAAUGUGAAGUGGCCUUGGUGUUAUAGAGAUUGAAGUGACUAAUUUGACAGCCCAGGAGGUUUCAGUUGUGCUGCACAUGUAACCAAAACAGAUAAAGCUAACCUAGUUUCAAAUGUUUAACAA